UCGAUUCUUUCGAGUUAUUCUCGUAAAAAAAUUUAUGUCAGAAAACGUUAUAACAUACACAUAAAAUUAAUAAUAAUUUAAUGUUUUUCACAUUAUUGAGCUGUGACAUUAGUUUCAAUUUAUAGUAAAAAUAUUCCAUUUAUAGAAAAUAAGUGUUUUCUAAACGCGCAUUGUUAAGAGAUUUAAACAAUAUAUCAAGUUUAUAUAUAUUUUAUAUAAAAUAAAAUGGAAACUAGUGAUGAAAUUGGAUUUAAAGAAAUAAAUGUAAAUAAUAAGGAAAGAGUAAAAAGUAAUGCAAAUUCGGAUAUUGAACGAAAAAUUAUUUAUGAAAGGCCAAAAGGUCAAAAACAAGAGGAGCAAAUUGAAGAAUUUGACACUGACGAAGAGGAGGAAGAAGAAGAUGAUGAUAAAAAGUCCUCUAAUCAAAUACCAGGUCCAGAUGAUUAUUCAAAGCAUUUAACUUAUGAAGGUGAUACUUGCAUUUAUACGGAACCGGAGACUGGAAAAAAACUCGUCUGGGAUACAAAGCAAAAUGCUUGGCGAGAACGUGAGGCCGCUUCAAAGGAAAAUGAACCAAUGGACGAUGCAAUGAAAAAUUAUGAAUAUGAUGGAAAAAAUUAUGUUUACACAGAUAAAAAUACAAAUGUAACGUAUAAAUUUGAUCAAGAGAAAAAUGAAUGGAUUGUGAAAGAUGAAAAUGAUAAAAGUGAGGAAAAUAAAUCUGAACAAGAGGAUAAUGUCCCACCAAAUCCUACGACAUCACAAAAUCCAAUUUAUGGAUUUGAAAAUGAUACACAUACAUAUACGGAUCCAAAUGAUGGCAGUGUUUAUAUGUGGGAUCGAGAGAAAAACGCUUGGUUUCCAAAAGUCGAUGACGAUUUUAUGGCAAGGUAUCAGAUGAGUUAUGGCUUUAAUACGCCAAAUGUUGAAGAAGCAAAUAAUGAUAAACCUGCAGUUUCUAUUGUUGCUCAGUCAAAAGCUGAUAAGGAACAAAAACGACUUGAUGCCAAGCGAAAAACUCAUGAACCACCUACUUGGUUUGAAGUUGAUGAACAACAUAAUACAUCGAUUUAUGUACACGGUUUACCAUUGGAUGUUACUUUGGAAGAGAUGACAGAAUUAUUUACCAAAUGCGGUCUUCUUGCUCGUGAUGAAAAGGGAAAGGACAAAAUCAAACUCUACAGGGAUUCGUACAAUGAAAUAAAAGGCGACGCACUCUGCACUUAUAUUAAGGUGGAAUCUGUUAAUCUUGCAUUGAAUAUUCUCGAUGGCUGGAAAAUCAGAGGAAAGACUUUAUCAGUCCAAAGGGCGAAAUUCCAAUUGAAAGGCGAAUACGAUCCUUCAAAGAAACCCAAAAAGAAGAAAAAGGACAAAGAACGACAGAAGAAGUUCCAGGAAAAAUUGUUUGAUUGGCGACCAGAUCAACUUCCUGGACAACCACAAAAAUGUGAACGCGUUGUAAUUAUUAAAAAUCUCUUCAAGCCGGAAGAUUUUGACCAUGAAGUAUCACUUCUUUUGGAAUAUCAACAGGAUAUUAGAUCAGAGUGUCAAAAAUGUGGGAAUGUCACCAAAGUUGUGGUUUAUGACAGACAUCCUGAGGGUGUUGCACAAGUCACAUUUAAGGAUCCCGAAGAGGCUCAGGGAUGCGUGCAGUUACUAAACGGCCGUUGGUUCGGUCAAAGGAAGAUAACUGCAGAAAUUUGGGACGGGAAAACAAAAUACAAAGUUGUUGAAACCGAGGCCGAGAUUGAAGCGAGAAUAGAAAAAUGGGAUAAAUAUUUAGAUGAGCAGGAUGAAAAAAAGGAAGAGAAAACUAAAGAUUCGCAAAAAAUGGCGCAAUCUGAUGUAAACGAAGAGAAUAAUGAAACAUCAACGAAUAAUGAAUCUAAGGAAAAAAAUCUAUAGUCAUAGGUUUUAGAAUAGAAUAACAUAUCGAUUAUGAGUAAGUAAACUUUACUUUUUUGAAAUUAUUUAAUUUUCGAUUUAAAUAGACUCAAACAACGAUAAAAUAAUGUUAAAAAUUAUCAUUUUGACUCUUGACGAACAAUUUUAUUUUAAAAAUUGUAAAUGAGUCAAUGAUUUCAUGUAAAAUAUAUAGUAAAUACUUUGAUUAUAGUUAAUACUAUUAUUUCAUACAAUCGAAAGAUUAUUAAAUUUUGAUUAUACGUCGAUUUAAUCUUUAAAAGAAAAAAAGAUUAGAAAAUUGAUUGUUGUAGAAAAAGAAGGGAGUUGUAAAUAAUAGAGUUUAAUUAGAAUGUAGAGUAUGCAUGUGGUAAUAAUAAGUCUGAAAUGAUUUUAUUGCUCUUCUCUCUAUAAUCUUAAAAUUAAUCUUAAUUUUUCUUCAUUUACAAAACACUUUUUUUUAUUAUUAUUUUUUCAUAACAUUUUUAUAAUUAUUUUUCUAUUUUUUCUUAUAAUAAUAGACAUUUUCUUUUAUUUUGAAUGAAUGGAAAUCAAUCUUUCUUGAAGUGAAAAAAUUUUUUGUAUUGAGUUUAUUUAAGUCAUAUAUUAUUUAAUAUUUUUUUUUUUUGGAAACAAAAUUUUUUACUGUAUCAUUUUAUGUGUAAAAAGUUAAUGAAAGAAAAUAUUUACUUAGUUUGAUGAAAAUAUUUUACAAUUUAUAUAUAGGAAAUAUGUUCUAAAAUUGUAAAAUACUUUUAUGAAAUUAAAUAAUUAUUUUAAUUUUCAAUGCAAGAGGGAAACAAAAACCAGUUUUUAUUUUUAAAUUACUUUAUUCUGAUUGGGCAAUGAGUGUUGUUCGUAUAUUUCUAUGAGCAUAUGAAAGGACAUACGAUUUUACAUCUAAGUUAGAAAUAUUGUACACGGCAAGUUGUGUCUGAUACUCUAAGCCUUUUAGAUGAAUAUUAAUUAAAAUUACGAAACAAUAUGUUUAUCUUCGAAUUGACGACGUUAGGUUCUGUAAAAGUUUUACAAAUAUAAAGCCAUGCUUUACAAUAAG